AUGGACUAUAACAUACCGCUGGGAGAUGAUCGAUGCUUGGUUUGUAAUGCAUGCAAUAGGCUGAGUCUGCUUGAUUUAGAUGGUUUGGAUGCACUGAUACGGUAUUUAUCGGAAUACAAAGCUUUAAAGGUUGAUCUCGGUACUGGAAACAGUGAAAAUGUAGGCAUUGCGGAUAAAAGGAAUGGGCUAUGCCUAUUUUUGCUUCGGUAUUUGAAAAAGGACAGAUCUAAAUCCUAUGAAAUAAGGGCUGUAAUUAGAGCUAUAGAUGCGAUAUACAGGAAACAGAAACUCCCGAGCAUGAUGGAAUUGACUAUGCUGGUUAGAAAAUACACAAACAAGUAUGAUCCAUACGGCUAUUGGGAUAAUGUGGAUGAAUUUAAUCCCAUGGACGUUGUAACAAAACAAAUGAUAGAGUUCAUGAAUAUUAGCAAUAAUCCUAAAUCACCUAAUUUCGUUAGAUCACCAUUUUAUGAAAUAUUGAGUAUAAUCCCAGACACUACAAGAAGGCUGCCUGCAAUAGAAGUCAAGAAUGUAGCAGAAUGCAAAUUUAAAUUUGAGAAAAAUGUAUGGACAAAACUCACAGAUGAGAAGUACCCUUUGAAACUCUAUCUUUUUUCAAGAAAGGAUAGUAAAGAUCCUGAAACUGGUGACUACAUACCAAAUAAAGAUGAGGAUACUCCAAUUGCAUUUCCCACCCCUAUAGAAGUGUGGGUCAAUAAUGAAAAGAUAAAAGCAAAUUUUAAAGGUUUGAAAAACCGAGAUGGAUCUGUUAAUCCAGUCGACCUCACCCCAUUCUUAAAAUCUUGGAGAGCUCAAAAUGUAGUAAAGAUAAUCCAUGUUUUCAAUAAGGAGUGCUACUCCUCUUAUUGUGCUCUUAUCAAACCAAUCGCACCACAAGAAAUUCUUACAACAAUUUUGAACAAACCAGUCAUCCCAUAUACCUCAGCAUUGGAAAAUGUGAAGAAAUUAUUUGGUGAACAGACCGAUAAUGAAUUGAUCACAACCUCUACUAUUAUAAGUCUGAAAUGUCCAAUCUCAUACACAAGAAUGAGUUAUCCAGUAAGGAGUAAAUACUGUGAACACUUACAAUGCUUUGACGGCCUCUGGUUCUUGCAUUCCCAGUUACAAGUUCCAACUUGGAUGUGCCCCGUAUGUCAAAUUUCUUUGAAACCUGCAGACCUAUAUGUAUGUGAGUUUUCAAUGAGGGUUCUCAACUCAUGUGCAAACAAUGUGGAGCAAAUUGAAUUGGCACCAGAUAGUACUUGGAAACCAAUCUAUGAAAAAGAAGACCAGUCGGACUGUAGUGAUGAGGAAGAUACAAGCAAAGACACUAUGACUGAAGUACUGAAACAUGAAAUGGUGACUGACACUAUCACCAAUAAGACAAGUAGAAAUAAUAGUCAACUAAAUGUGGUGUCAUUAUUAAGUGAUGAAGAAGAUGACACAACUACUACUAAAUCAAAGGAUAGGGGGAGUAAACUAGUACCCACUUCAAAGAAUUACAACUCGAGUAGCACUGGAAAUGUUGUCCGUAAAAGCAUAGGCAAUGAAAAAAAUGGUGCAGUUUCUCAAUCUAUUGCUAUUGCUGCUUCUACUACUCUUCAUAAUGAUACCAAUCAUGAUGAUGAAGACGACGACCUUCCAUUGUCUGCAGUAGCAAGGAAAAGAGGAUCACCAAGAGAAUUUUCCUAUGGGAGCUAUGAAAUAAAUGGCACUUUGGCAUCCCUAUCAAACAAUGCUACUUUGCCUCAGAAUUCACAUACUCACAAAAAACCACAUCUUCAAAGGCUAGCACCAAAAUUAUUAGCAAAAGAGCCACUAAAGAAUACGAAUGGAGCGGAUGCUAAUCCAAUUUUUGGGAUAAACUCCAAAUUUAAAAAUGAUAACCAGUUAUCUAAGAAAACCCUAGAUCCCAAGGCGACGUCACAACCAACAAUUAAUCCAAGUUUUGAUAGCGCUCAACAAUAUUCCAUGAGGAUAAGUUCUCAAGCUGGCUUGGGAUCUCGCAGUAUUCUGAGUAGCAAUUCCAACUUAACAACUUCUGAUUGUAAUCCAUUUGUUAGUGAACAGCAACUUGCAUAUGAGGGUAAAAAUGGCAGGGCAUCUUCUGAGAUUAUGCAAAAACCUAUAAGGAACGAAAACCGGCAGUCGCAACAACGCGUGACACCGGAUCUAAAGCAUGUCAAUGAUUAUAAGAGAACAAACAAGAAGGGGAAAAUAAAAAAUAUUGUCAACGAUCAAAAAGCAGAAGAACUCACACAGCUUGCCAACGGAAGACUCAAGACUGAUAAAGCACCGGAGCUUCCAAUCCUUCCAAAAUUACCACAGAUUGCGGGACAAUCACAUAGCACCUCCAAAAUAGCCAGUGAACCCAGUUUAGAUAAAAUUAAUAGGGUUAGUAUCAAGACAAAACCACCAAGCGCGCUUCCUAUUGUUAAUCCAUUCUUAACAAGUAAAUCUAAACCUAAUAAUACUAAGGGAGCAGAAAUAGUCAAAGGAAACAGUCCAUGGUUUGUGUAA